GACGUCUGUGGCGAAUGCAAGUUUCAGGUUGCACGGUUCCGCAUCCCUCCUCAACUAGGAUACGAAUGAUUACUUCUUUCUCGCCCUUGCUGGAAGAAAGUCGAUUCCGGUUUGCGCGGUUGUCGUGUUUUUAAAAAAUCCGCAGCAGAUUUUUGUUUUUCUUCCCCUGUCGAUUAUAUAACUCAUUCAAACAAUUGGCGGGCUUUUCUUUCUUUUUGUUUCCUGAUGAAUCAACAGUUUGAAAGCGUGCAUUAGUGUGUAAUAGAAUCCUGUCGUCGCCAAAACAACCGUCGGGUGUUCUUCGCGGAAAUUCAACAGACACAAAGGACGUCAUGAUUUGAACAAAACACACUGACCGCCGGUGACCAUUUAGGGAGAAAAGAGUGACAGAAGGAGAUUGAUUGAAUCGCAGACAUUACCGGAAUAAGUAGCUCAUUAGUAGUGCUGCUGCCACUGCCUUCUGCUGCCGCCGCCGCCACCGUCGCCGCUCUAAGGGCCGUGUAGAAAAUCAAUGGCGCUACUAACGCGCUUCAUCCGCCUUCCGGAUCGGGCCAACACGCACGUGUUCACGUUCGUUGUGACUCGCUCUGUCACGCGUGACCUCCAUCGCGACGUCACGUCCAAAGAGUUCAGCUAUGGCUACCACAGGUGGGCCAUAACCUUCUCGCGGGCUGGCAAAGUGCUCGGCGUCUAUCUCGUCUGGCGGAAUCCAUCCGAGGGGAUGCGAGUGUACAUUGAUUUUUCCUUCACAUUGCUCAACCGAGAGCAUUUCAGCUCCAAUGAGACGUUCAGUGGCCGGCAGAUCAAGUUCACGUUCGACUCGCCUGCCCAGGGUAAUCGCCGCUACAUUCCCGUCGAUGACCUUUACGAGCGCAACUUCACCGACUCCAAUGGCGAGUUCCAGCUCGAGCUGACGGUGGCCAAUCCGCGCACCCUCUACGAAACGGAUCUGAGACUUCCGCUGAGCUCGCCCGGCUCGUCGUCAUCGACGACUUCGCUGGCGGCAACAGGCGGCGGCAAUCACCAGCGCUCGGCUUCGCCUUUGCCUUCGCACCAUCACCACCACAACCACCACCACCAUCACCAGCUGGGUGGCAGCACGGGCAACCUGUCGACGCUGGGCCAGCAAGCGAAUCACGUGAGUCACCACAACAGCGGCCAUCACGGGUCGCUGCAUCUCGGACACGGCCAUCCGCCGACGCAACUGCCCAAAACCACCAAAAUGGAGACGACGUAUUUCGCUUUUGGCGGUUUCGAUUGGAAUUUGUCCGUCGUGGUGGAGCCUUACUCGGUGACGGCCGCCACGUCGGCAGCCGGUCUCACUCUCAACCUGGCCGCUCAACUGGGCGGCAGUCACGAGCGGGAAAGUCCGUCGCACCGGAGCCGGAGCAACCAGCUGUUGGCCGGAGUUGGCGAUCCGAUGCCGGCCUCUAUCGCCGGAGUCCUUGGCGAUCACGUUGGAAACGGGACGCUGGCGCUUCGCUUGCGGAGGCUGACGGGCGUCGACCAUCGCAGCCGGUCGCGCUAUUACAUCUCGGUCGGCGAGGGCGACCGGCGACUUUCUUCCGGCCUCAUGGACGACAUUUCCGACGCCGAAGGGGCCGGCUCUGUUUGGUGUCCCCGGGUGCGGAUGCAGGACGUAGCGCCCAAGGGAGUCCUCCGCCUAAUGGUGGAGCUGGUCUCUGCCAACACGCUCAGCGAAGCGCUCAUCACGUUGGCUCCCACAACCCAGGUGACGGGCACUCCCGGCAGCAUCGGUGGCCUUUCUGCGGGGACCUGUUAUGACCGUGACAAGCAAGCCUGGUCCUUUGAGGCCGACACUCAUUCAGAAAAUGGAACGCUUCGUGUUCGUGUCGUGUACAGGGACGUCCGCAACGUGCCCCGCAAUCAUAUCAGGUACGUGAGUUGGCAGGCGGCCAUGUUGCGACCCAACAAUAAAGUCAGCCAGUGCGACGCUGUCCCGUUCUCCAGCACGCACUACUCCAACUACUACGUUCAAGAGGAGGCUGACGAUGGAGUUGUUAUGGAAUCUUCAGUGCCCGUCAAAGACUUAUUGAAGACGGCCAACGGUUACGUCAACGACAAGCAGCAGCUUCGCGUCCAGGUGGAGUGGGACGAGACGCUAUUGCUGUUCCAGGCGACUUAUCACAAGUACGACGACGUAGGACGCAUCCACAACUACCAAAUGAGGAAGGAAAUAAGCGCCUUGCAAUCGGAAAACUAUAGUUUGGAGAGGCAAUUAUUUAGCUACCAGCGGAGUUUGGCCAUGGCCCAGGCUCGCAACGGAGUUCAGCCGCAAGGGCCGUCCGACGACAACACGCCUUCGUCGUCGGCGAACGGCGAGUAUCCGCCGCAUCGGGACCAUUCCCAUUCGCGCGACUUUUUCGCCCGUCGAGACGAGUCAUCCGAUACCGAGUACGCAUAAAUGGCGUCAGUCUGAGAUAUCGUCAUCUCACCGGUGCUACUCUAUUCACUCUUUACCAUCGUUAUAUCGACUUCACCUAUAUACUUCUGCUGCCCAAUGUUUUUCUAGCAUUUAGCUGAAACUCUUUUUUUUUUUUUUUUUUUUUUUUUGUUUUUUUUUUUUAAUCUCGAGUCGUCAGAUUUUUCCCGUUUCGUUCGAUUUUUAUUGACUCGACAAAAUACUCGUUUCCUCCUUUUAUAAUCAUAUCAAGAAACGAAAGUUUCACAAAAGAACAAAAGUUUUUAUUAAUGUGUGCGUGCUGCACAUGUCACAAGGGCACACGUUUCAACUUCUUUUAUGGAUGUUAGACCUUCUUUCUAAAAAACAUCGUUUUGUUAGACAAACAAAAUGCAAAUGCUGUUUUCCUCCCCCUCCCAUUGUUCAUUGCGUCAGAAAUGCGAUUGUCUUUUUUUUUUGUCUUCUUUGCUCUGACGAAGUUUAUAUAUCUUUAUCGUCAUUUUACAUUCCAAUCUAUCCUCUUUCUAGUUCCUAAAAAUACGGUCAAAUUCUUCUGUCUAUUCCUCUAUUCUUUGUCAGUCCGUUGUUUCUUAUUAUUCUAAUUGUUACUCGCCAUUUAUCUCUUUAGGUCCACGGCCUUUUAAUCCCCUUUUAUACAUUUUACACUAUUACGUGCUGGUAUGUAAAACUGCGAUGUAAUGUCUUCAUUCAUUUCUAGGAGGGUCUUAACAUACCGUUAAUAUGUUGAAUCCAACCACCACCCAAAAAAUUAAAUUCUUUUCUCCUUUCUCUAUUCACACACAUUCACCAAUAAUUUUAAAAAAGGAAGGCGUCGUGCAAGACGCAUGUUAUUUAAUCUUAUCCCUUGAUAAAGACGGAACAAAUACUAUCUUUCGAUAUAAAUACAGGAAAUGUUUCAAUCUU